GUACCUGUGGCAGGUGGCAAGGCAAGGUGUAAUGCGUUUGUUUUCCAUAUGUAUGUCAAAAUCGUGAUCAUGCAGCUAUAGUUGAAAUGAGUUUACGCACGGCAAUUAUUUUAUGAAAGGCCUUGACUAAUUUUUUUUAUCAACUCUAACAACACGCUUUACAAGCAAUGAUGGCAAAUAUUCCACCUUUACUAUCUUCAAGUCCGCCCCCACUUGACAUCUCAGAUGAACCAGAAGAUUUUAUUGAUGAAAUUAUACCAAGCUUUGAUUAUGAUGCUGUACCUGAACAAACAUACAAUGGUGAAGAUCUUGAUUGUACAAUAAAUUUUCACAACUCUCAUACAUUAAAAUUACCAAACAUCGAAGAAAAUGUAAUCAACAAUUUUAAUUCUUCUUGUGAUUUCAAUGUCCCAUCGGAAAUAAUAACAGAGGCAGUACAAUUGGAUAAAUCAAAUAAUAAAAUAGAUUAUGAUGAAAUACCAAAUGAAAAUAUUGUUUUAAAAAGUUUAGAAGACAAAAAUUUAUCAAAUAAUUUAUUGAACAACUGUACAAAUAAUGCUUUUAAUGACGUUUGUGAUAAUGAUAAGGAUUUUGAACAUUUGGAUACCCCACAAGAAAUUGUGCAUGAUAACUUACAGUGUCUGAAAAAUGAAGAAUCUUACGAAAAUGAUUUAAAAUUUGACCGGUUAACUAUAAAUAAUCCUUCUUCAGAAACUACUAAUUCUGAUGAUGAUAGUGAAAAAUUUGAAGAAAUUACUGAUAAUGCAUUUAUGAUUCCUGAAGUUAAAAGCUGUACAGAGCCAGAUGUAUAUAGUACUGCUUUGAAUGAUGCACAAGAAGAUUAUCAAAAUGCAGAUUGUAUACAAAAUAACUCUGAUGGGUUUGAUGAUUUUGAUGAUUUUGUAUGUGCGGAACCUAAGUCAUUAGUUGUUCAAUCAACAGAUAUAACUGAAAAGGAUGAUGAUUCGUUUAGUGAAUUUAGUGGCGGGGAAAAGUUUUGUUCUGGUUCACCUGAACAGAAAACAAAUUAUGACUUACCAGUAGAUACAUCUGUGAAUCAGACCAUAAAUGAUGUAGAUGAAGCCCAGAAUAUAAAUUUAGAAAAUUAUCACAUUUCAAAUAUUCCAAUUUCAGAAUAUGAUAAUAAAUCAGAUGUUGAUGAAGACGAUUUUGUAUUUCAAGAUUUUCAAUCCACAAAUCAAACAAAUCAAAAUCCAGAAACAGAUCCUAAUUCUGAAAUAAAUGAUGAGCCUGUCAGUAAAGCAAAACACAAAGAUGAAAGUUUUGAUGACGAUUUCGAAUUUCAAGAUUUUCAAUCUACAAAUCAAUCAGAACCAGAAGCAGGUUCUAAUUCUGGAAUAAAUGAUGAGCCUGUAAGUAAAGCAAAACAUAAAGAUGAGAGUUUUGAUGAUGAUUUUGGAGACUUCAAUAGUUUUGCAACAGAUAGUGUGCCUAUCAAUUAUCACUCUAACAAUGCGAGCGUGAAAGAAGUUACUCCUAUUGAUGAUACCCACUCAAUAUUAGAUACUUUCAAUGAAAAUAUGGCUUUAUAUAAAAAUAAAGAUUUUGAUACACUGUUCAAUAAAAUUUUAUCUGUAAUUGAAAUGGCAUUUCCUGCUGUUGCUGAAGAAGCACCUGUUCAGGAUCACGUAAUUAAGGAUGAUGACAUUUGUGUUAUGGAUGAAUUAAAAAAUGUUGAUAUAACGGAUAUAAAUAAAUUUCAAUGGAAAAAUUCUCAAACAUUUGAACAAACGUUAACAGCGCUGAAUAUAGAUUCAAGAAAUAUUAUGUAUGGCAAUCGGUUUAAUAGUGAAUUGCCCCGAUUUGCGUCAAAUUUAGCAUACAACUCACAGGAACCAUUAAAGCCAAAACCAGUAACAAGUGCUUUACCUCCAAGAAAAGAUGAAUAUUCAGUGAGUGAAAAUCCUAAGGUUCCUGAUGCAAAAUUUGACUGGGUUGCUGCUGGUUUAGUAAAUCCAUUAGAUGGUUCAUCAACAUAUAACGAUGGCAAAGAGAAUAUAAAUUACAUGAAUCUAUCCAUCCUAGAAGGUCGUAUUGAGGAUAUAGACAAAUCAUUAAGUGUUAAUAGUGAAACUUCAAUGUCAAUCAAAAAUAAUGGUUGUGAUAAAAUUGGUGCAAAUGUUAGUGAACAAGUUGCCCCGAGCAAAAUUACUAGUCUCAGUUUUCAUUUACCGGAAACUCACAUAUUUACAUCUCCCACUUCUGAUACACAAGAAAUAGUCAGUCAAAACAAUAAUACAAAAUUUGAUGAAAAUUUGUUUCUGAAAUCAACGACAAAACCAAAAUUAAACGAGGGAAUAAAUUUAUAUGAAGAACGUUUUGCUAGUGUUGAUACGGCAGCGUCAAAUAAAGAUCAAUCUCCUGAAAUCCUAAUGCCACAAGCUCCAUUUCAGAAUGAUCCACUCGAACAAAUUAUUAAAUUCGAACCACACAAUUACUUUGAGAGUAUGGACAACAUGACAACAACAGCCCAUGAUGUAAAUUCUUUUAAUUUUGGAACUUCUAACUACGAUUCUAAACCAGUUGUAUCAAAUGGUAUCGGUUUAAAUUAUGAUAUACUUAUGCCCACUCCCAAUGAUAAUAACAUAAAUUUGAAGCCUAAAAGGAAGGAAAGUGAUGAUUUUGAUACAAGUUUUACAGAGUUUCAAUCAUACACACAUAAUAAAAAAACACAGAACUUUGAUGCCUUGGUGAAGCCAACUUGUACAACGACGCAAAACUCGCACAUUCUCCAUCGACCAGAUGAAUCUAUUUUAUCAACAAAUUUGUCUACUUCAAACAUUCUUCAACCAAUUGUUACCAACUCAACUCUUGAUCAUUCCUUUAUUAAAUCUGAUAGUGACAAGCUUGGUAAUAAUGAUCUCUUUCAUGAAAACAAUAGUGCUGAUGAUUCCCAAACGGAGUGGUCAGAUUUUGUUUCAAUUACAACUGUAAGUUCAGCUGCAACGCCGUCUAUUCAAAGUAAUGGUAUUGAUAUUAAUGCUUUUAAAGUGCCUAUAAAGAUUGAUGCAGCUGACAUUAAGAUGACUUCGAAAGAGAUUUCGAACAGCACCGAUACUGAUGACUGGUCUGACUUUGUCUCAAGUACACCAUCAGCAUUACAUUCCUAUAGUAGCAAAAAUAUCCAGCCCUAUGACAAAUGGAACAGGACAGGCCCUCAAUUCAACAACUGGCAAACGAACACUUUUUAUAACCCUUUAGCUGGAUCAAAUUUUUUAAUGCCUCAUAGUAGUAACAGUGCAAGUGGUUUUGAUUAUAAUAAACAAAAUACAGUAAGUUCUGCAAAAUCAAUAUCAGACUCUAAUUAUAUGCGCUUUAAUAAUUCUAAACCAAAUAGUAUUAUAACGUCUAGUAGUUCGCAGCGUUCUGAGGGAAAUGAUAAGAUCUCAAGUAUUACAUCUGUUCCAGAAUUAUCAUUCGCGGUUCCUCAAUCUUUUAUUCAUUCAAUAAAUUUUUCAAAAAAAUGAUCAAACAUGAGCUUAGGUAAAUCACAUGCAGCAUUAUAAUGUCGUUGAUUUUUUAAAAAAAUCAUUUUACCAGUGUUCAAAA